CAUAGAAGAUCUAAGAUGAGAGUGGAUCCACUGGUUAAUGACGCCCGUUUUAUUCCGUUGACCAUGGUCAAAUUUCUGGACAACAUGGAACGAGAAAAGCCCAUUCGGUUUACAUCACAGCAGCUAAGAAUAGCAACAGAAAACUUCAGCAUCUUAUUGGGUUCAGGCGGGUUUGGGACAGUUUACAAGGGGAUCUUUAGCAAUGGAACGGCUGUGGCAGUGAAAGUACUUAAAGGGAGCUCUGACAAGAGAAUAGAAGAACAAUUCAUGGCGGAAGUAAGCACAAUGGGAAGAACCCAUCACUUUAAUCUUGUUAGGCUUUUUGGGUUUUGCUUUGAGUCAAGUUUAAGGGCUCUCGUAUACGAGUUCAUGGUUAAUGGAUCUUUAGAUAACCAUUUGUUUAAAUCAAACAAAGGGGAUAUGAUAGGGUUCGGGAAGCUUCAAGAGAUUGCGGUGGGAACUGCAAGAGGCAUAGCAUACUUGCACGAGGAAUGUCCUCAGAGAAUAGUUCACUAUGAUAUCAAACCAGGAAAUAUACUGUUGGAUUCUAACUUUUGUGCAAAAGUAGCCGAUUUUGGAUUAGCCAAACUUUGCAACAGGGAUAACACUCAUAUAACAAUGACAGGAGGACGGGGUACCCCAGGCUAUGCUGCACCCGAGCUUUGGAUGCCUCUCCCGGUUUCUCACAAAUGUGAUGUUUAUAGUUUCGGCAUGCUGCUUUUCGAGAUCAUAGGGAGGAGAAGAAACAUGGACGUGACUCUGGGUGAUAGUCAGCAGUGGUUCCCGAAAUGGGUGUGGGAUAAACAUGAAAAGAAACAACUGAAAGAAUUGAUGAUAGUCUGCGGAAUUGAGGAACAAGACCAAGAAGCUGUGGAAAGGAUUCUUAAGGUAGCUCUAUGUUGUGUACAGUAUAGGCCGGAGACUAGGCCAGUGAUGAGCAUUGUUGUGAAAAUGUUGGAAGGAGCUUUAGAGGUACCAGAGCCUUUAAAUCCUUUUUUGUAUUUAUUUUCAGGGGUAAAUGAAGCUAAUGAUUCUUUGGCUCGACUAGCAUGGAAUGGUGGUGGUUCAAAUUGGUCUUCAUCAGAAGUAAUCACCAGGUCUACUGUGGUCACAGGGACCCCUCUCAUGAAGAGAUAUGAGAUCACAAUGGCCUCCGAGUAAUGACGAGAACAUUAUUUAGAUCAUAUUUUGUGAAGUGAGAUUUACCGUUAUUAAGUGUGAUAAUAUCAUAAAGCAAAGAGUGGGGGAUGAAGUACUUAUGAUACAUCCAGUUCAUUCAAAGCGCUUUUAAAAACACAUACAAGCAAUCCAA